AUGGCUCCUAGCCUCACCAAAGCCAGCUCUGGUGUUUCAACUCUUAUUGACACUAACGAUAACCCUUCUCUUAUCUCUCUUCAAGGUUCAAACUUAACCGCCAAUGGCCAUGUCUUUCUCUCCGAUGUGCCGGAUAAUAUAACACUCACUCCUUCUUCUUAUACCCUAACCGACAAAUCAUUGUCCACCGUCGGAGCGUUUCUCGGGUUCGAAUCUACCGAACCCAAGGACCGCCACAUUGUCCCUAUCGGAAAAUUGAAGAACAUCAAGUUCAUGAGCAUUUUCCGAUUUAAAGUCUGGUGGACUACCCAUUGGGUCGGAUCAAAUGGCAAAGACCUCGAAAAUGAAACCCAAAUUGUUGUUCUUGAUAAGUCGGAUUCGGGUCGACCCUACAUCCUUCUUCUUCCUUUAAUCGAAGGUCCAUUUCGGGCCUCUCUCCAAUCAGGAGAGGAUGACAACAUCGACAUAUGCGUUGAAAGUGGAUCAACGAAAGUCACCGGCGCCGGAUUCCGGAGUGUUCUUUACAUGCACAUCGGCGACGAUCCGUUCACUUUAGUGAAAGAUGCUAUGAAGGUAAUUAGGGUUCAUUUAGGUACUUUCAGGCUUUUAGAAGAAAAGACAGCUCCUGGUAUAGUGGACAAGUUUGGAUGGUGUACAUGGGAUGCAUUUUACCUUACGGUGCACCCUCAAGGUGUAUGGGAAGGUGUUAAAGGUCUUGUUGAAGGUGGGGUCCCACCUGGCUUAGUCUUGAUUGAUGAUGGAUGGCAAUCUAUUAGUCAUGAUGAAGAUCCAAUCAGUAAAGAAGGAAUGAAUCACACGGCUGCUGGUGAGCAAAUGCCAUGCAGGCUACUAAAAUUUGAAGAGAACUAUAAAUUUAGGGAUUAUGUGAGUCCCAAGAGUUUGGCCAAUGGUUCUAAUACUAAGGGCAUGGGUGCCUUUAUUAAGGACCUCAAAGAGGAGUUUAAUACUAUUGAUUAUGUUUAUGUUUGGCAUGCAUUAUGUGGGUAUUGGGGUGGGUUAAGACCUAAUGUACCUGGCUUGCCGGAAACAGUGGUGAUGAAGCCUAAAUUGUCACCGGGACUGGAGUUAACCAUGGAGGAUCUCGCGGUUGAUAAGAUUGUGAGUAAUGGCGUGGGACUUGUGCCGCCAGAGAUAGUUGAUCAAUUGUACGAGGGUCUUCACUCUAAUUUAAAAAAAGUCGGCAUUGAUGGCGUGAAGGUGGACGUUAUUCAUUUGCUAGAAAUGCUGUGUGAAGAUUAUGGAGGCAGAGUAAAUCUUGCAAAGGCAUAUUACAAGGCCUUGACUGCCUCUGUAAGAAAACAUUUCAAUGGAAAUGGUGUAAUAGCUAGCAUGGAACACUGCAACGAUUUCAUGUUUCUUGGAACUGAAACCAUCUCUCUUGGUCGCGUUGGUGAUGAUUUUUGGUGCACUGAUCCAUCUGGUGAUCCCAACGGUACAUUUUGGCUUCAAGGUUGUCACAUGGUCCACUGUGCUUACAAUAGCUUGUGGAUGGGCAAUUUCAUACACCCAGAUUGGGACAUGUUCCAAUCUACACAUCCUUGUGCUGAAUUCCAUGCUGCUUCUAGGGCAAUUUCUGGCGGACCAAUUUACGUUAGCGACUCUGUCGGAAAGCACAAUUUCCCGUUGCUCAAGCGUCUAGUCUUGCCGGACGGUUCAAUUCUCCGAUGUCAAUACUAUGCUCUUCCUACAAGAGAUUGCCUCUUUGAGGAUCCUCUCCAUGAUGGCAAAACCAUGCUUAAAAUUUGGAACCUCAAUAAGUUUACUGGAGUUAUUGGUGCAUUUAACUGCCAAGGAGGAGGCUGGAACAGAGAGACUAGACGCAACCAAUGUGCCUCACAAUUUUCCAACUUGGUGACCGCUAAAACCAAUCCAAAAGACAUUGAAUGGAACAGUGGCAAGAACCCAAUUUCCAUUGAAGGAGUACAAGUUUUUGCCAUGUAUUUGUCAAAGUCCAAAAAGCUACUCCUCUCCAAGCCAUAUGAGAACAUUGAACUAGCACUCGAGCCAUUCAAUUUCGAGCUUAUUACUGUUUCUCCGGUCACCAUUUUAGCUGGAAAAUCUAUUCAGUUUGCUCCUAUAGGCCUAGUUAACAUGCUUAACAAUGGUGGUGCCAUCCAGUCAUUAAACUACAAUUUCGAUAAUUCGGUCAAAAUUGGAGUAAAGGGGGCCGGAGAAUUUAGGGUUUUUGCAUCAGAGAAGCCAAGAAGUUGCAAAAUUGAUGGAGGAGAAGUUGAAUUUGAGUAUGAGGAAUGCAUGGUUGUUGUUCAAGUUCCAUGGUCUAGCAAUAGUGGUGUUUCAACAAUUGAGUAUGUGUUUUAGAUUUAAAUUUUAAUUAAUUUGGAUAUUAAGAUGAUUAUUAGUGUUCCAUGGAAUUAAAGUUGUAACUAUUUCAAUUUAAUGCUAAUAUAUAUGCUUUUGCAAGUUAUUUGCAGCAAA